AUGACCAUUCCGACUGACUUAAAGCCUAGCCUCGAUACCCUUCCCGUCGAGCUCAUUACCGAGAUCGCAGAGAUUCUACCACGCGACGAGGGCAAACACUUGCGCCUCGUCUGCAAAGACCUGGCUUAUGCUUUAGAGGGGUUCACAAUCGCCCGCGUCAAGCUUUCGUUUGGAAAGGGACCUCAAAUGUUCUUGGAUAUCCUCGACCACUUGAAGCAAGGCGGUCGACUCUCGUUUGUAACACGAGCUCUUCACAUCGCAACGUGCGAUCUCCGGUACGGUACAUUGUCAGCUACAGACCUUUUGUCUGGCCUGCGCUUUAUUAUCAAGUCACUGAAGAAUCUGGACGAGUUUGCGUUCGGCGGCCUCGGAAAUGGUAUAUGGGUAGACCUCCUUCAAGACACAUCCCUCCACCCUUCUCCACCGACUGCGCCACAUCACACUUCACGGUUCAAAGCUCUUCCUCCAAGCGACGAUACCGCUUGUCGAAGUACUCUCGGUCCUGGCGUCUCUCUCCGUGGACCUCACAAUCACACGAGGAGAUCGAGAACAAUGGGCAGAAGAAACGCUCCAGUUCUUCGAAUCCGUACGGGGACUCGUCGGGCGCUCGGCUCUUACACUCGAGUCUCUCGCGCUGAGUACGGGCAACGUGGAGGAUAUCAUUCAGCUGGGGUCGCCCGUGCUUCAGGGUCUUCCGAGGCUCUCGUCCCUGAGGCUAGGGUCUUUGUUCACUUUCCACGUCAUCCCUUGCCGCAAUCAUAUCCAUACCGAUUAUUACCAGCCUUGAGGGAGCUCGUUCUGGCGUCCCCACUGGAUCGCGACGUCAAAAACCCAAAGCAGGAGCACCUCAUUUGGCAUCUUCUCCAUAGAGCUGGGAUCAAACUCAGGAAUCUCCGUGCAGUGGUGGUGUUCCCGUUACAUUCCAUCGUCACGGAUUUCCUCACGUCGUUUGAAGGGCUGGAGGACCUCUCCGUGAUACUGUACGGUGGAUCCUGGUCGGCGGCAGCGCCACUUUCAUCCAUGGAGACGUUGUUCAAAGAUACCGUCUACCACCACCAUGCAUCGUUGCGUCGUUUGGAGGUCUAUGAUGCAGUCGUGGGAGCGAUGCGGAGGCAUCGCGAAGUCUACUGUCUAGACGAUCUGGUGAAAGAUCUGUUUUCAAAUCCGUAUGAGCGGCUGGAGGAGUUGACGAUCUUCUUUAACCCACCUACGAAAUGGCUUCAGGAGCCAGACGAUGUGAUGGAUCCCACCAACCUCCUCGAGGGUGUGAUGACCUACUGUCCCUCCAUCCAACAAAUCAACAUCCGGGUUGCCAACACCGAUCAUAUGCAAGAGGCGGCAGACAAGGUAAUCUGGCACCACCUGAACGGCACGCAACCGCAGCUUGGUGAACCUGACUGUACUCAGCCUGGCGCAAAGACGGACUCUGCGACACCGGAGCAGGUAGACUGGUGGAACGAAGCAGAAGCGACGGACCUCGAAGAGCGUCCCUACGACCCAUUCGAGGACGCGGACGCGUUGGAGGUGCUCUUUGAAGAAUUGGAGUUCUUUGAAUACGAUCAGUUUUCACGGUAUUGGUCAGAGUCUGGGUGGACUAGCAUGCGUCAGCGCAUUCGGGAUUAUCGAUACCAUGGGGUUGGCGAUAGGAAGUUACCGCUGCUGGCGGUUUGGAGGGAGAGGUGGGUACCGGUGUGGGAAGAGGAUAAAAGCCUGGACUUGGGUACUCCUGGAGGUGAGAGUGGGAGUGAAAGGCCGGGUGAGCGAGUGCAGAGCGCCAUCUGGUCAAAUGAAGACUGA